UGGGACGAGGGCGGCAAUCAGCUGCGCAGCGCUCUAACUUUGUCCGGUCAUUAUUUGAGCUCCAUAUCGCUACUUCCCAGUCGCGCUACAUUUAGAGCGAGAGAAAGAAGGAGAGAAUUCAGACUUUUAUUGUGACUCCGUAGUAGGCCACAGCACAACGGAAUAUUUUGUUGUUGUGUGCGAAUUAGUUGUGUAUCGAUUUGAUACAUCAUAUUUGACUGCGAGUUUUGGUUGCGGUUUUGAAAUCGGGGAGUGUCGCGCCGGGUGGAAAUCAGGUUUGAGGAAUCAGUGGGAUAUGUUGAUCUGUACAUGAGCGCAGCGCAUUCUUCCGAAAGAAGGCUGCACCUCACCAACACAUAACAGCACGUUUCAUCGCGGAGCUAAGAUGAAACCACUCCUGUUCCUGCUCUGGGAGACUGGGCUAGCUCUCUCUCUGCUCUACUCGGCUGCACAGUGUGGAGCGACCCAGAGCCAGACCCAGGGUGCCGUGUUCCUGCCUGAGUUUGCUCUGUCCCCUCAGGGAAGUUUCCUGGAGGACGCUACCGAGGACCAGUUCCUUACCUACAGAUACGACGACCAGGCGUCUCGUAUGACUGGAUCAGAUGAGGACGGGGACAGUGGCUGGGAUGCAUGGGGCACCUGGAGUGACUGCUCACGCACCUGUGGAGGCGGGGCCUCUUACUCUCUACGCAGGUGUCUCAACGGAGGGAACUGUGAAGGCAAGAAUAUCCGCUACAGAACGUGCAGUAACAUGGACUGUCCCGUCGAGUCGGGAGACUUCCGAGCCCAGCAGUGCUCCGCCCACAAUGACAUCAGGUACCAGGGAAUGGUAUACGAGUGGAUUCCCGUGCCCUAUGAACCCUCGGCUGCGUGCGCCCUGCGGUGCCAGGCGCGGGGGAGGAGCCUAACGGUGGAGCUGGCACCUAAGGUUCUAGACGGAACACGUUGCCGGGCCGACGCCCUGGAUAUGUGCAUCAGUGGGGUCUGUCAGGAGGUGGGAUGUGACAGACAGCUGGGCAGCGGUGCCAGGGAAGACGACUGUGGUGUGUGUGCCGGCGACGGUUCUACUUGUCGGCUGGUCCGGGGCCAGGCGCUGCCUCACGUCUCACCGGAAGAACCUGUGAAGACAGUGCUGGAAGUCCCCUUGGGAAGCAGGAGUUUGAGAGUCAGCUCCAAGGGACCUGAUGUCAUAGUAAUCGAGACCCAGUCUCUGCAGGGUCAUAGAGAGGAGCACAGUCUGGUCUCUCCCGGUUCCUACAUCAUCGGCAACACCACCGUGGACUACCAGAAAGGGACAGACAGACAGACGCUCAGGACACAAGGACCUCUGGGAGCCGAUUACAUCAUCAAGGUGAAAUAUGCUGCUCCGAAGGACACGGUGGUCCAGUUCCUGUUCUAUCAACCAAUCAGGUACCAGUGGAGAGAGACUGACUUCUUCCCCUGCUCUGUCACCUGUGGAGGAGGUUACCAGCUGAACUCAGCAGAGUGCACAGACAUCAGGUCCCGUCAGGUGUUACCAGAGCACCACUGUAACAGCUACCCUGAGAACACCAAACCCACGCCCAAACUCAAGGAGUGCAACAUGGACCUCUGUCCUGAGAGUGAUGGCUUCAUAGAGGUGAUGCCUUAUGACCACUUUCAGCCUCUGCCACGGUGGGAGCAGGGUCCCUGGACGGAGUGUUCAGUGUCGUGUGGAGAGAGCGGCGGGCUGCAGGAGCGCAGCGUGGUGUGUGUUGAGGACGACGCCCACGGACAGAUCACUCAGGUGGAGGAGUGGAAGUGCACACACUCCCCUCGGCCAAUCACGCAGCAGAGCUGCAACAGCUUCACCUGCCCACAGUGGGUUGCCAUGGAGUGGUCUCAGUGCACAGUGACGUGUGGCCGUGGGUUGCGGUACAGAGUGGUCCUGUGUAUCGACCACAGGGGACAGCACACUGGUGGCUGUAACACAUCCCUCAAACCACAUAUCAAAGAAGACUGCCUGGUACCUGUCGCAUGCCACAAACCCAGAGAGUCAGUUCCUGUGGAGGCCAAGCUACCCUGGUUAAAACAAGCCCAGGAGCUGGAAGAACAACGCACCGCUACAGAGGAACCAACGUUAAUCCCAGGGUCGUGGUCUCCCUGCAGCGUCACCUGUGGGCUCGGCAAACAGACACGGGAGCUGAAGUGUCGUGUCCUCCUCUCCUUCACCCAGACGGAGGUGGACCUGCCCGAGGAGGAGUGCGGUGAAGAGCGGCCCCAGCUGGAGAGGCCCUGCGAUGGGGGAGCCUGUACUCUAGGCCCAGGCUUCUCUCCUGACCUCCAGGAUCCUCAAGGCCCUCACACCCAGGGGGAGGAGCCCCACCACUGGGACUACAGGGGCUUUAGUGGCUGCUCGGCCUCCUGUGCUACAGGGAGACAGACAGCAGUGGUCAGGUGUGUGAGCCGGGAGAGAGGAGGAGAGGAGGUUGACGAUUCUCUCUGUGACCCCUCUAGCCGCCCUCCAGUAAUGGGUCGCAUCUGCAACCCCGAGCCGUGUCCCCCAAGGUGGGAGGUGACAGCGUGGACUCGUUGCUCUGCGUCGUGUGGGGUGGGCAUCCAGACCAGGAGUGUGUUCUGCAUGCGUGUGCUCUCCGUAGAGCAGCAGGAUAGUGUGAGUGUGUCAGUGAACGAGUGCAGGGAGUUCAAGCCGCCCAUCCUUCAACCCUGCAACCAGGUGGACUGCCCUCCAGCAUGGGAGACUGAGCCCUGGCAGGAGUGCUCCCUCUCCUGCGGCGGGGGUAGCCAGGUACGUAAGGUGUUCUGUAAACAGCUGUUGUCUACGGGGGCCUACUGGACACUGGGGGACACAGCAUGCCCAGGGGCCAAACCGGCCCCUCAUAGGACCUGCUCCAAGACGGACUGUCUGCCCUACAUGGCCGGGGGAGAGUGGGGGAAGUGCUCUGUAUCCUGUGGUCUGGGGAUCCAACGUAGGGAGCCAGUGUGUCAGAGGUUGACCUCAACUGGACAGCAGGUGAUGCUGGCGAGGAGGCUCUGCGACGGCCUCUCCUCUCCACCCCUGGUCAGGACAUGCCGAAUGAUCACCUGCCCUAAGCAUAAGACAGAGAUGAACCCCAGACAGUUUGUGAAGGAGGCAUCCAGAAUCAACCAGCAGCCCACAAAGGAGACAGGGAAGGAAGCAUCAAAGGAAACAAUCAUGGAGCCAGUAAAGCGUUGUCCGUUGAUUCUAGGCUUGAGUCGUAUCUACAUCCAGACCCGGCAGGAGAAACGCCUCCACCUGACCAUCGGUGGGCGUGCUUACCUCCUACCAAAAACCUCCCUGGUCAUCAAAUGCCCUGUCCGGCGCUUCCAGAAAGCCUACAUCCGUUGGGAGAAGGACGGCCGCCCCCUGCACAGCUGCAAGCGUCUGGGCGUCACCAAAUCUGGUUCUCUAAAGAUCCACAGCCUAGGAGUCGUGGACAGUGGGGUGUACGUGUGUAUCGCCGGCCCCGCCUCAGACACAUUCACCCUUAAACUGAUUGGCAGCGACAGCAGACUGAUCGACCGACCGGUUGAAAACGAAUCGGACCCCGAACCUGACUUAGACCUGACCAGGAUUCGACCGCGAUUCAACCCUCAGGACUGGGACCCCCAGGGUCUUCCUCACUGCCUCCCGUUUACCCCCAGCCUCAAAGGUCCCAGUCUGUCUCUGCUGCCCGGUGGUGUGGAGGCCUCGGUGCUGCAGGUGCAGGCGGGGGCCUUGGUGCUGCAGCCCUGGAGCCUGGAGGAGAGGGUGAGGAACGUGAGUCUGCAGGCGGAGAUGGGAGAGAUCAGCCAGGAACAGGCUUCUCAGAUCAUCUACACCCUCAUCACAGAGAUGUCUGGAGGCCAACAGGCCUCCACAGAGCAGUGGAAAGGGACCAAGGAGGAGACGGGGAACCCAAAAGACCGGACACCAAACUCGUCAGAGUGGUCGGCUAGUAGCGUCAAGAGACCAGUGAUCAUCCGACAGAGGCAGAACCCCCCGAUGACCUUCCAGAGGAGUCUGAACAUCAGUGUUGGCCAGACAGCCUUCCUGACCAACGCCACGCGGCAGCUGUACCUGCUCUGCCCCACAGAGGGCAUCCCGCAGCCCCAAAUCACCUGGACCAAGGACGGAGUAGAGCUACAACUAACUGACAGGUAACACAUAUAGUAAUACACAA